AUGGCGCUGAGGGGGCUGCGGGCCCUCCGCUUCUCGGCCGGCGCGGCCGCGCGAGGGAGCGCCGUCCCCGCCACGGAGCCCCGCCGGCGGCGGCGAGAGGCGGCGGCCGGGGGAGAGCCCGGAGGAGGAGGCGGGGGGCCGCCCCCGGAGACGGAUGGAUGGCAUAGGGUGGAGCGGAAGAAAAAGCAAAGGAGAAAACAAAAAAAGGAGUGCAGUCUUGACGAUUCCACGUGCUGUUUGAUGAUGGAAAUGCCAUUUGCCAAAGCAGACAUUGAGACUGAAUUUGGCGACAACUGCACACAUAAAUCAAACGUUAAGCGAAAAAGAAUUACAGGAAUGGAGAGUGAAGGGGAGACUCUAAUAAAGAAAAAAUGGGAUCGGCCAAAUUAUUUCAUCUCUCUUCCAAUUACAAAUCCAAAGAUCAAGGAUGGUAUUAAGGCUCUUCAGGAUACAAUAAUAAAAAAGGAUUGCAGGCUUUCCAAAGCAAUGGUCCGUUAUGGUUCUUUGCAUAUCACUCUCUUAGUGAUGUAUUUAUCCAGUGAAGAAGCAAUUGACAAAGCAGUUGGUGCUUUCUUGGAGAGUAAAGAUUUAAUAGAAAAACUCCUGCAAGAGAAGCCCCUGGAUUUGUCGUUUCAAGGAAUUGAUCACUUUAAAAAUCAAGUUGGAUUUGUGAAGCUGGCAGAGAGGGAUCAUGAAACAACACUUUUAAAGAUAUCAGAGAUUGUGAAGAAGAUAUUUCAAGAACAGGGCAUCAUCACAGGAAAUGAUAAAGCUCUUAAGCCUCACUUGACUUUCAUGAAGCUGUCAAAAUCCCCAAAACUUCGAAAACAGGGAGUGAAAAGUAUUGACCCAGCUUUAUAUGAGAACUUCAAGAGCCAUUAUUUUGGAGAUGAACUCCUAAAUCGUCUGGAUCUUUGUUCAAUGAUUAAAAAAAAGCAACCUAAUGGCUAUUAUCACUGUGAGUCUUCUAUUAUUGUAGGUGAAAAGAGAGGGGCAGAGCCAGAUGAUGCGGAGUUGCUGAGCCUCAGCAAAAAGCUGGUGGAGAAUGCCGUCCUCAAAGCAGUGCAGCAGUAUCUAGAAGAAACGCAAAACAAAAAUAGGCAGACUGAUUGCGAAAGCCCAGUGAAAACUGAGGAGGCCGCCAUUGGCAAUAGCAAGGAAAGUGAGAACGACAAUGGCAAAUGAGUCCUUUG